AUGACAAUUGACGAAAGCACCCCGUUGCUCCAAGAGCAUCUGAGAACGGAGAAGGCGCCACGAUUCUCUGCCGCCAACCGCAUCCUGGUGGCUGGCUUCCUGAUUUCUGUUGCCCUUAGUUUUACGCAGGUACCAAUUCUUUACGUCUUUCGACGGAUGGAAUGUGAAGAGUUCUAUAAGCACCAUAUUUUCGAUAAUACACCCGAUCGAUGUAAACGCGCAGAGAUAGACUCUGGAACGGCCGCUCAGGUUUCCAUUCUUGGCCUUUCUACUACCUUCUGCGGGGUCCUCAACCUCUUCUUCGCAGGGUGGCAGAUUGGAAGAUGGGGACCUAGAAGAGCAUUGGUCUUACAAACAGCUUUUCCCGCCCUGAGAGUCGCUAUUCAAGUUGUUGGGGUAACUGUUGGUGCGAGAGAAGGCAUCGUCAUUGUUCAAUCAAGUCAAAUAGUCAGUCUGAUUGGUGGCAUGUCGGGAUAUCUACUUGUGCUCAACACUGCAGCUGGUGAGGUCGUCGAGCCCUCAGAACGCACUGCAAUGUUUGGAAUGCUACAAGGGAGUGUCAUGCUUGGAACGGCCGUCGGGUAUCUCCUGGGCGGGAUAAUUGGCGAUGCUUACGGAAUUCGUCGGCCCUUCGAGAUUGCAACCGUUAUAUUCUCUCUAUCAAGCGUCUACUCGAUGUUUUUCAUCCCAUAUAUUGACCCUAAGAGCCUUCAUGAAGGUGCAAAGGAAACGAAGCAACCUCGAUGGAGCAAGUUCUUGGGUGGUGUCAGAGUACUCUGCCCAAAGAGGCUACGUCUAGGUAACGGCAGAGCCAUGACCCAUUACGGGAUAACAUUCCUUGCUCUGGGUGUGUUUAUGGGUGUAUUAGCCACUGGCUACGCACCAAUGCUUAUUCAAAUGUACGCCACUGCCGCCUUCAAUUUCCUCCCGAGCGAAAACGGAUAUUUGAUGGCUACCAACUCUCUCAUCCGGGGCUUUUUUCUACUGGUUCUUUUCCCGAAAACAAUAACUGCAGGCAGGGCCUGGUUUUCAUCUAAGCAAGACGGCCACAUAGAGGCGGUAGAUCCAGUCCGGGAAAGCAGUGAUGAUAUGGUUGGGCCCGAGGAACAAGCACGCGCCUCUCUGAAUUCCUGCAGCCAAAGCGGCCGGGAAUUUGAUCUUUUUUUCCUUCGAUGGAGUCUGGUGUUUGAUGGGCUGGUCACAGCUUCCACGGCAUUUGCGACCGAAGGGUGGCACAUUUAUCUCGCCGGCUUCCUACUCCCUUUGGCAUCUGGCUCAGCACCUACGAGUAAGGGUGUUGUCACUGAAAUGUGUCUUCCAUCUGAACGCGCAGAGGCGCUGCAAGCAAUGACCCUUGUCGAAAAUGUGGCCAUGUUGUCGACUUUGGGGCUGUUCGGCUUCAUCUUUUCAUCCUUCUCCAUGGUCGGUAAAACAUACCUGACAUUCUAUUGUAACGCGGCUGUUGCUCUGGCUGCUGUCGCCGUGUUGCUAUUUUCACACUUCCCUCCUCCUGGAAGCAAGUUGGAGGUUACAGACGAGAGCGAGGAAUAG